CUUUCCCCCCCGACUACAUCUUGAUUCUCCUCUGUAGACUUUCUCGGGGGCUGUGACUUAAGUUUAUUAUUAGCAUCUGUCUCAGCUCUCACUCUCCAUUCGUCGUCCCCCGGUCUUUUUGUUCCAUUUCUCUCUGUCACUUUUUGUUUUUGUCUUGUACUUGGGUGACCUUGCUCUCUUUUUCCAGUGUUUGACUUUUGUUUUUCUUUCUUCCUCUCAAAGUUCUUCACAAUCUCUAGUUUUUGUGCUCCUGCUGCUUCCCUUGCCUCUCCUUCACCUCCAUCCUCCUCCACUCGAGCUUGACCUGUCUCUGAGCAGCUCUGCACUUGAGCAUGAUGGGAAAGACAGAACUGUAUUCUCUGUAUAAGGGUUUUCUGGACUGUAUUUGCCUUUGCCUCUCUCGGAGCAGCGAGGAGGAUGUGGACACCAACAAGAGGGACACUGAAAAUGGUCACCUGAUCUAUAAAAUUGGGGACAUCGUUGAAGACCGAUAUGAGAUAGUGGACACUUUGGGUGAGGGGACCUUUGGGAAAGUGGUAGAGUGUGUGGACUUCAACAGGAAAGGUCAUGUUGCUCUGAAGAUCAUUAAGAACCAAGAGAAAUACAGGGAAGCAGCCAAACUGGAAAUCAAUGUGCUGGAGACGAUCACAGAGAAAGAUCCGCACAACAAGCAACACUGCGUGCAGAUGCUGGACUGGUUUAACUAUUAUGGCCACGUGUGCAUCUCCUUUGAGCUGCUGUCUCUCAGCACCUUUGACUUCUUGAAGGCAAACAGCUUCACGCCUUAUCCCAUUAACCAGAUCCGACACAUGGCUCACCAGAUCUGCCACGCUGUCAGCUUUCUCCAUGACAACAAGCUCACUCACACUGACCUGAAGCCUGAGAACAUCCUCUUUGUCGACUCAGAGUAUUCCCUUGUAUACAAUGCUGAGAAGAAGUGCAGUGAGAGGAGAAUAAACAACACCACAGUGCGUCUCAUUGACUUUGGCAGCGCCACCUUUGACCAUGAACACCACUCUGUUCUCAUCUCCACACGUCACUAUCGAGCCCCAGAGGUCAUUAUGGAGCUGGGUUGGGGUCACCCAUGUGAUGUCUGGAGCAUCGGCUGCAUCCUGUUUGAAUACUAUGAAGGCUUCACACUUUUCCAGACGCACGACAACAGGGAGCAUCUUGCUAUGAUGGAGAGAAUACAGGGACCAAUUCCUCAGAGAAUGAUCCAGAAGAGCGGGAAGUUCUUCUAUCGAGGGCGCCUAGACUGGAAUGAGUGUUCCAAGGCUGGACGCUACGUGAAAGCCAAGUACAAACCACUGAGGAAGUACUUGCUGUCACAUGGGAUGGAACACCACCAGUUUUUCAAUCUCCUGGAGAGGAUGCUGGAAUACGAGCCCUCAAACCGCAUUUCUCCUACUUCCGCUCUGUGUCAUCCCUUCUUCCUGUCGGUCACUGACCCAGGAAGGAGCCACAGCUGGAGAAACAGCUGCGAUAUGAGUGGAUGACUAAAGAAGUGGUCUGAUCAAAUCUAAGAGGAUUAAAGCAGGGCAGUCUCAUGUGGUCCAUAUAUGGUCAUGUGCAUUACUGUGAUAAAAAAAGUGAGAGCGCAUGAAAGAUGAGACAGUUGUGUCUUAAGUGAGGUACAGAACAUUUCCCUGACCACGUUCGAAUGUUCUUACUCUUUAAAAGGUAUUUUCCUGUGUCACUAAACAUGUGAUAGCUAGUGUUACAUUAUAAUUAUUAUUGUUGUGCUGCUGGACAGUUAUCUAUGUGGAAAAUGUUCUGUGCUGCAUCAUAACAUUUAACCUCUGAAGAAAUAUAUACUUGACUUUAUCAGAACAGGGUGAAACACAUUUCAACAGACUGCCAACAGUGUUGUGUCAAACACAAAGUGGUGCAAACUAACGUGACUGGAACUGUUGUUUUGAUGUUAUUACUCUGCCUUUGUUGGUCUUUGUGAACAGAAACAGUGUAACAGUUGUUGUAUGCUGUGUCCUUCGUCUGAUACUAUCAGACCUGACUGAGGGAGCGUUUGUGUGUAUACAGCAGCAGAGCCAAGACGGGCGGGGACAAAAAUAAUUCUGUGUUUGACAAUGAUUGGAAUCUGACAGACAUUUAUGAACAUGUGAAGCAUUACAGAUUUAAAACUUCACGUUUGCUUAAAAAGACUAUGAAGUUUACAUUUCCUUUGUAUCUCUAAAUUUGAAAUGAUAUAAAUGUGAAAUUUAUAGUAAGAGCUUAAAAAAGGUUUGCAUUUGCAUUCCGUGAGUCAAUUUAAUAUUAUUCCUUUAUUUUUUAUCAUAGACUGUUUUGUGGAAGGACUUCAGUGAUUCAUUAAAUUGACUUCUUCUGAUUUCCAUGUUUGUGGCCUCUCGGCACAUGUGUGCUUGGCACGGUCACAGCCGUGCACGUCUCACGUGUCGCAUGUUCAUGUCGCUGCCAUUGACUCGCAGGCGUCCUCUGACAGCGUGAUUGAGUGCAGCUCAGCAGAGAGCAGGGACUCGAGGCUGAGCCAACUUUCCUCUUCAGCCUUGGCAGAGCUGAGGGGAACUCAGUGUUGGCAUAUGUGAGCCUGACUGAAUGAGACCUUCGCCUCAAGUGCGAAUGUGUGUGUUUUUGUCAGUGCCUGUGUGUGUGUGUAUGUGUGUGUGUGUGCGUGCAUAUAAUCUUUCUUGGCAAUUCUAAGACUAAUUUAGGGCUGUUAAUGAGCAAGAAUGAUGCUCAAAUUCAGUAAGAGAAAUUUGAGACUUGUUGAAGGAAAGAUUUUGUGUUUUUUUUAUUAUCUCACCUUUCUUUACAUACUUUGUAAGAAAUUUGUAUUUGUAAUGGAAUUGAUAUAAAGCAUCUAUACGUGG